UUGCUUUUCCUCAACGGUCACUACCUCCCCUGAGCCCCAAAGCCCAAAAGAACCAUCUCUUUCCUCUUGUUUUCCCUCCCUCACAAGUCACGACCAGAGUCUUGCUGCUGAUGCCAUUAAUUGGCCCCUCCUCCACCAUAAAGCAAAUCCAAAAUUAAAGGCCCUUCACUUUGGAGCUACCACAAAGCGAAAAUGUCUAACAAGUCCCCAAUUUUUCCCAUUCCCGAACCUCAACACUUCAGCGACUAUGGCUUUGACCCGCAGAUUGAUUACUUUCAGUUCCUGGAGGAAGCAAGAAACCACAAGAGAGAGACGACGACAACAAGGUCUUCCGUUGAUUCCUUACACUUCAAGCUCCAGAAACCCAUUUCAAAAGAGGAGUCUGCUAAUAGAACGAUCCACAAACCCAACAACAAGAAGAAGAAAUGGUGGAGAAAAGCUUUGCUAUUCUUUAAGUGGAAGUGGAUCCACAGUAAUCACAAGGAUGAUUAUCUUGGUCACGGAGAUGUUCAUAUAGCAAGGGCUAGAGCUUUCGGAGCUUCCAUCUCAGGGCCUGUUUAUUUAACUGAUAGUUUAAGUGGAUCAAGCACUCCUUACAGGUCCACUAGCAGACCAUCAUCAGGGCCUCUAGCUGGAUCCUUGACUCCGGCAAGAAAGGGUGAUAUGGAGAUACCGUAUUUGAGUCUGAGGGAGCUUACCAUGGAGCAGCGGCAGCAGCAGCAACGGAGUAUUUCUACUUCUGCAAUGCCAAUAUAUUUGGUCACUUGAGUUUUAGAUUAGUGGGUCUGUUUAGUGACUAAUUACUUGUUGGUUUGGUAAUGGCAUGGCUUCUCUGGGGUGCUCUUUCAGUUUCUUCGUUAAUGUUUAUCGCCAUCUUUCUGGGUUUGCCCCUUUUUUCAGCUAAAGUGCAAACUGCAAAGGUGUUUGAUUGAACCCUUCUGGAGGGGUCCUGUAUUUGGGGUGCUUUCUUGCUCGCCCUUCUUUUUUUUUUUUUUAAAUUUCUGCUGCUGAUGAAACCCUGUUGUUUGACUAAGAUAUCCAUUCACCUGUGGACGUGUAUGUUCUCUCCCUGCCUUCUCCAUUUCUUGAUGCUUAGAUUUUCCUGAGUGAACGAGUUACUGGGGCGGAGUUUGU